UCCGUUCCCCAUUUAAUUCGUACCAAACUCACCAUCGCGAUUCCUCUAUCCUACUGCAGGCCUUCUUCAGUCUCGUAAGGUGCAAUUAUCAAUCAAGCUGCCGUCAUACGACCGGCAAGAACCUCAUCAUCAAAAAACAACGGAGUAUCCAUUAGACCCGCAAGGAAAGCCAUUCUUUUGAUCCAGAAGUGCUCGGUGGAUCAUCAAGAGUGCACCAACUAGAGGCUGAAUUAUUUGCUACCUUCAAGUAUAAGUUGUGGCAGGACCGGUCAUUGUGGGUGGUGGAUAUAGCCAUAGCCACUGGCUAUAUGGAUGACUAAUAGACCCACCAUCUUUUUAUCUUUUCGCAGUAUGGCGUUCAAAAAGAAAAAAAAUUCCGGGUAGCAUAUGCGCCGGAAGAGUCCAGGUGAUAUUGCCGACAUGAUCGCACGAUGGCAGACGCAAGGAGUACCAACGAACACCCGGCUAGACCGCGUGUGCGAGCGGGAAAGGCAUGUAAGCGCUGCCAUGAGAAACGUACCAAGUGUGACGCCAUGCACCAAAUGCCAUGCACUCGAUGUGUGCGAGAUCGCCACGCGGACUGUGUCCUCCGUGAGACUAAACGGGGGACAUAUACCCGGAGCGCCCUUCGCCAGAAAAUAGGCAGGGAUCAUCCGCGGGCAAGAACCCCAGCUGGUGUCGCCGGUGAUGUGCCCCCGCGAUCUUUAACUUAUCAAAUGGAGACUGAAGAUACCGGUACACUACCUCUGCAUGGGUCUGAUGUUGCUGCAACAGCACCAACCAGUAUAUCUGCUCCGAACUUUACGACGCGGAGUUCAGCGGGAACAGACCAUGUCCAACUUCGCAACGGGGCUGAACCCUUGCCUGUUCAGGAAUUGCCCCCAGCGAGCGAGUCUCCUCUCACCCAGCCAUCCCUUGGGAAUCCAGGCCUCAGAUCCUCCUCCUAUCAAGAUAUCUCCUGGUCUGCGAUGUUUGACCAUUUUUUGAAGAACCGGGAAAACGGCAGAGACUGCAUUGAUAAGUGUUCCAUCACUUAUCUCGGAGAGUCAUUCCCCUGGCUAUCGUACUUGGUGGCCUCAAGGACGUCCCAGCCUGCACAUAUGUUGCCCGAGGACCUCGAAUAUUUACGGGCCAAGGGAGUUUUCAAACUGCCGGAAAAGGCCCAUCUGGAUUCCCUUAUAUCAGUCUUUUUGGACCGCGUGUAUCCGCUAUAUCCAAUUGUCAAUCGCCAAGAAUUCAAACAACAAUACAAUAAUGAGGAAUUGCCAUUAAUUCUCAUUUAUGCCGUUAGCUUUAUUGCGGUAACAUUUGCUUCCCGGUUCGUCCUGAGCCUUGUAGGCUUUGAUUCCCGUCAAGAGGCACGCUCUUCUUUCUAUAAUAAGGCGAAAGCUCUCUUUGAUAUGGGAUAUGAAACAAACAAGAUCACUGUACUCCAGAGCACCCUUCUUCUAUCGUUUUGGGGUGGCGGCCCCAAUACUUAUUGGAAUUUUUACUCGUGGAUUAGUACAGCGGUGACUAUAGCUGAAGCCAUAGGAAUACACCGCUCUACUAUCGCGAUAACCAACAUGCAACCACAAGACAAAAGUUUGAUGCGGAGAUUAUGGUGGACCUUGGUUGUUCGAGACAGCAUAUGCGGCGCCUUGGUUGGGCGCCCGUUUCGCAUUGACUUGGACCAGGCUGAUACUGAUAUGUUGACAGUCGAGGAUUUUGCUCACGACGCAAUGGCUACAGACUUCCCUGAAAACCCCUCUGCUCAGAGAUAUGCCCAGUAUCAGAUCGAAACCACAAAGCUUUCGCUGAUCAUGCGCGAUAUCAUCAUCAGCCGAUUUUACCCUGGAAGAGAGCCAGCGAGGGCGGAAGACCUUCACGCAAAGCUGAUCCAGUGGAAAGCACAGCUAGUUCCUACUCUGACCUGGCAGGACGAGGUGCCUGAUUACUUGAACCCUUUUUCCAUGUCCCUGUCGGUUCAAUACAACCAUCACCUCAUCUUGAUUUACCUCGGCCACAUGCGCGGUGAAAACAUAUGUCACCGCGACGAGCAGGAAAUCGAAGGGAUAGUCGACUCUGCUGCGCAUCAUAUUCCCAACGUAGUGUGCACGCUUGUCACGAAAUCAGCCCUCCUGACCGUGCCUCACGAGCUAUUCCAUGGCAUCUUCCUUGCACAGGCUGCCUUUUACGAGAGGAUCAGAAGCCCUAACAAACUGGUGGGCCGCCUUGGUCGGUCUGCACUCAACAACUGCCAGAUGGUGCUCCAGGCUAUCAGCGAAUUCUGGGAUCCUGGUCCCUUUAUCUUGCAGCUGUUUGAUAAUCUGUCUAGUCGCUACCCAGAGCGGCAAUCAUCCACCACCAAUAGUGGCCAAGAUAGCCAUGCCAUGGGAACUGCUGAAGCGCCUGGCUUAAACAGCGCUGUCAACUAUGCAAACGAGGCAGGCAUUUUCAAUGCCUUACUAGGAGAUGAUCGAUGGCAGGGCAACCCCAUGCUGUCAUCUCUGUUCGAUCUACCACCGGAGCUGUUUUUGGCUGAAUAG